UGAUACAGCGGGUGAUCGAACAGCGCGUGUAACGAUAAAUGGAAGACGAUGGUGUUGCGGUUCUUCGCAGGCGCGAGGAUCAUCGGCACAUGGAAUUGCCGCCUGGGUUUCGAUUUCAGCCCACUGAUGAAGAGCUCAUCACCCACUACCUCGCCAAGAAGGUGACGGAUGCCGGUUUCCAUGCUGUGGCUAUCGGAGAGGUCGACUUGAACAAGCAUGAGCCUUGGGAUCUGCCUUUGAGAGCAAACAUGGGAGAGAAAGAGUGGUACUUCUUCUGCGUGAGGGACAGGAAGUACCCCACGGGGUUGAGGACGAACAGGGCAACCAAGGCGGGCUACUGGAAGGCAACGGGUAAAGACACCGCGAUCUACAAAGGGAAGAGCCUCGUUGGGAUGAAGAAGACUCUGGUGUUCUACAGAGGCAGGGCUCCCAAGGGGGAGAAGAGCGACUGGGUAAUGCACGAGUACCGGUUGGAGGGGAAGUACUCCGUCUACAACCUUCCGCCCACCGUAGCCAAGAACGAGUGGGUGGUCUGCAGGGUGUUCCACAAGAUCACAAGCAUCAAGAAGCCGGUCAAACCGAACGUUCCUCUUCUGCCAUCGUCGAAGGAAACCCACGUUAGCUACGUCAGCGAGAACCAAGCCGCUUCCACGAUCGACUCGGUCUACGUGACCUGCUUCUCCAACGCGACGGCCGGGACUAAUGGCGAGCUGUUCGACGAGUGCUUCCGCUCCUCUCUUCUCCGUGCUUCGGCCGAGCCUCGCCAAGGUUCACCGGCCCCUAUCUUCCUCCCCAUGAUGUCGCUGUCGAGCUCCUUGUGCUCCGGCAUGCAGUUCCAGCCCGACGCGAUCUUGGCGAAGAAGCCGAUCAGAUGCAGUGCAGAGAGGGAGCUGGUCAGCGCGUCGCAGGACACGGGGCUCACCGCCGAGAUGAACCCCGAGAUCACUUCCGUCAUGUCAAACGAUGAAAUUGGAAGGCGGGAAUUCGUCCCAUCUGCCUCGGCCGGCCACGGUCUGCUGCUCCAUCGCUGUCUGUGGAACUGUUGAUGACACGAGAGAGAGAGAAGAAGAAGCGGAUUACCACAAGCCCCUGUUUUUAGUAGUAUCACAGCCGUACGUUUUACCCUUCAAUAAGAUGAGUGCAACAAUGGUUUGGUCAUUGCUUCUGGUAGUACGUCAAAUAUACGUGUGUCUGUAUAUACACAUGUAGGAUUUGUCUCAGCUGUUCAUUUAUGCAACUGCGACAUGAGAAAUGCUUGCUUGGUUUAUUUUGGAAAGUUACCAAAGAGGCAUGUCAUUUUCUUUGUAACUUCGAUGGACGACAUGAAUUAAUAUGUAGUAGCUAUGCCCA